UGUAAAACGAGGCUAUUACGUAGGCGCAGCAGUGGAGUGGAACAACUGAGGAUUCAUUUGUUGGAGAAAAUUUCAGGGUUUAGGAUUACAAAAUCAAGAAGAGAAGUCGAACUUCAAUGGAGAGUGCCUUCGCGAGCGCCUCUGCUAUCACUGACCAGAGGCAAAAGAUCGAACAGUACAAGCACAUUCUAGCCACCGUGAUUUCCGCCAACGACGUUGUUCAGGCUAAGAAAUUCAUCGAUCACGUUUUAUCGGACGACGUUCCGUUGGUGGUGUCGCGGCAACUUUUGCAGAGCUUUGCGCAGGAAUUGGGGAAAUUGGAGCCUGAUGCCCAAAAAGAGAUUGCGCAUUAUAUUCUUUCCCAGAUUCAGCCUCGGGUUGUUUCGUUCGAAGAACAGGUGCUAGUUAUCAGGGAGAAACUUGCUGAGUUAUAUGAAUCUGAGCAGCAAUGGUCUAAAGCAGCUCAGAUGUUGAGUGGCAUUGAUCUAGAUUCUGGAAUGAGAGUGAUUGACGAUACAUUCAGAUUGUCAAAAUGCGUCCAAAUUGCUCGUCUUUAUCUUGAGCGGCACUCAGGCAGGGUGUGUGCAUGUGUCUUGGGGGCUCCUUGGAAAGAGUUCAUAUAUGGGGCAAAUGAGGAUGAUGAUGCUGUUAAUGCAGAAGCUUUUAUUAAUAAGGCUUCAUUCUUAAUUAGCAAUAGUCAGCAUGAAGUUUUGAAUUUACAGCAUAAGGUAUGUCAUGCGAGAAUUUUAGAUUUGAAGAGGAAAUUCUUGGAAGCAGCUUUACGUUAUUAUGGCAUAUCCCAAAUUGAAAAGCGGCAAAUAGGAGAUGAGGAGAUUGAUGAGGAAGCAUUGGAGCAAGCUCUUUCUGCUGCUGUGACCUGUACGAUUUUGGCAGCUGCAGGUCCUCAGCGUUCUCGUGUUCUUGCAACUUUGUACAAAGAUGAACGGUGCUCAAAAUUGAAAAUUUAUCCUAUAUUGCAGAAGGUGUAUUUGGAGAGAAUUUUGAGAAAACCUGAAAUUGAUGCUUUUGCCGAAGAAUUAAAAGCACAUCAGAAAGCACUUCUACCAGACAAUUUUACAGUUCUGGAUCGUGCAAUGAUUGAGCAUAAUCUUUUGAGUGCAAGCAAGCUCUACACAAACAUAAGCUUUGAUGAGUUGGGCACCUUGUUGGGCAUUGCUCCUCAUAAGGCCGAAAAGAUAGCAUCAAGAAUGAUUUAUGAAGAUAGAAUGAGAGGAUCAAUUGAUCAGGUAGAAGCUGUCAUACACUUUGAAGAUGACACUGAAGAGCUGCAACAAUGGGAUCAACAGAUUGUCGGCCUGUGUCAGGCUCUCAAUGAUGUCUUGGAUGGCAUGGCAAAGAAGGGCUUGUCAAUCCCCGUCUGAUUGAUAUUCGUGAUGACAAGGACUUCAAUUUUUUUGACCUCUAUGUACUUAUCAUGUAGCAUUAUAGUAUAACUUGUUUCUCUAAAUAUAGGCUUUGUGUCUAGCUCAGGGUUUCUGUGGUUACCCAAGUCCAUUUCUCCAGUCAACUUCCUUCAACCUUUGCAUGAAAAUUAAUUGACUGAGCUUUGAAGCCGGUUGGAGAAAAGCAAUGCUACUCUUAAUUCUUAUUUUUGCAUCCUCAGUCACAUUGUUUGAUGAUAUAUUAUAAGUGGCUUUAUAGUUCAACACUUACAUAU